AUGAUAAUUAAUAUAACAUCAUCUCCGUAUCAUUGUCCGCAUGUUUCAUCAUUAUUAUCAUCAAAAGAUUCAUUAGUACCAUCAGUUUUUAAAUAUCAUCAAGUUUGUCAAAAUAAUACACAACAUUUAUGUUUUUAUGAUGAAAUUUAUUUUUGUAUAUGUCGAAUUAACAACAAAGGUGUCGAAUGUUUUCUUCAUGAUACUCAGUUGGAUCAAUGUGAUCGAUGUCUAUCGGGUGGACAGUGUAUUCAAAGAAAUCUUAAUAAACCAAAUGAUUUCCUUUGUCUUUCUCCAUCAUGUUAUCAUGGAAAUCUUUGUGAAUUUAAUAUGAAUCCAUUUGGAUUUACGCUUGAUUCAUUACUUGUUGGUCAUUCGAAAUAA